UGCCCUGCGUCCCUCUGCCCUCCGACUCCAACCCGGAACUGGCCUCGGCUCCCUUGGGAAGGCCGCGUGGCCGGGUCAGGAGUGGGAGCUUGGGUGGUGAGUGCGGGCCGCGAGGGCCAGGCCGCGAACGCCGGGACGGCCUCGUCCUCAGGAGCCCCAGACCAGGUGCGCCUUCGCCUGGAGGGCGCGCGGUCGGUGGAAAGUGCAGGCACCCGCGGCCCGCUUGGACCAUGGCCCCCCCGCGGAACGUGGUGAAGAUCGCCGUCCAGAUGCGUGACGCCAUCCCGCAGCUCAUCCAGCUUGACCAGGCGAAGCCGCUGGCCGCCGUGCUGAAGGAGGUGUGCGACGCGUGGAGCCUGACUCACUCUGAGAGCUAUGCCCUGCAGUUUGCUGAGGGGCCCAGGAGAUACAUCACUGAGAAUAACCGCACUGAGAUCAAGAAUGGCAGCAUCCUGUGCCUCAGCACGGCCCCCGACCUGGAGGCUGAGCAGCUGCUGGGUGGGCUGCAGAGCGGGAGUUGUGAAGGGCGCCGGGAGGCCCUGCGGCGCCUCAUCCUGCUGGCCCCAGACCUGACCUUUGCCCGGGAGGUCAUCAGCCGCGAUGGGCUUCAGAGGCUAGGCACCAUCAUUGAGGAUGGGGACGAUCUAGGUGAGGUGCUGGCCCUCGGAUUGAGGGCCUUCUCGGAGCUCAUGGAGCACGGUGUGGUGUCCUGGGAGACGCUCAGCAUCCCCUUUGUCAGGAAGGUGGUGUGCUAUGUGAACAUGAAUCUGAUGGAUGCAUCCGUGCAGCCCCUGGCCCUUGGGCUGCUGGAGAGCGUGGCCUUGAGCAGCCCUGCCCUGGGCCAGCUGGUCAAGAGUGAGGUGCCACUGGACAGGCUGCUGGUACACCUACAAGUGAUGAACCAGCAGCUGCAAACCAAGGCCAUGGCACUGCUGACAGCCCUGCUGCAGGGGGCCAGCCCUGCAGAGCGGAAGCAAAUGCUUGACUACCUAUGGCAGAGAAAUUUCCGCCAGUUCAUCUAUAAGAACAUCAUCCACAGUGCAGCGCCACUGGGCGACGAGAUGGCUCAUCACUUGUAUGUACUUCAGGCCCUGACACUGGGGCUGCUGGAGCCACGCAUGCGGACGCCAUUAGACCCCUACAGCCAGGAGCAGCGAGAGCAGCUGCAGGCCCUGCGCCAGGCUGCCUUUGAGUCAGAGGGAGAGCCCCCGGGCACUGGGCUGAGCGCCGAUCGUCGUCGUUCCCUCUGUGCCCGCGAGUUCCACAAACUGGGCUUCUCUAACAGCAACCCAGCGCAGGACCUGGAGCGCGUGCCCCCUGGCCUGCUGGCCCUGGACAACAUGCUCUACUUCUCCAGGCACGCACCCAGCGCAUACAGCCGGUUUGUGUUGGAGAACAGCAGCCGUGAGGACAAGCACGAGUGCCCCUUUGCCCGGAGCAGCAUCCAGCUGACGGUGCUGCUGUGUGACCUACUUCGCAUCGGGGAGCCCUGCUCCGAGACGGCCCAGGACUUUUCACCCAUGUUCUUCGGCCAAGACCAGAGCUUCCAUGAGCUCUUCUGUGUGGGCAUCCAGCUGCUGAAUAAGACCUGGAAGGAGAUGCGGGCCACACAGGAGGACUUUGACAAGGUCAUGCAGGUGGUGCGGGAGCAGCUGGCCCGUACCCUGGCCCUGAAGCCCACCUCCCUGGAGCUCUUCCGAACCAAGGUGAACUCGCUCACCUAUGGGGAGGUGCUGCGGCUGCGGCAGACUGAGCGGCUGCAUCAGGAGGGCACCCUGGCUCCUCCCAUACUGGAGCUGCGGGAGAAGCUGAAGCCAGAGCUCAUGGGUCUGAUCCGCCAGCAGCGCUUGCUCCGCCUCUGCGAGGGGACGCUCUUCCGCAAGAUCAGCAGCCGGAGGCGCCAGGGUCUCUGGGAUAGAGGAAGGGCUGAGGGUAGCUGCGUGGGGGUCAGGGCCCCUCUCGUCACUCCUUCCUCCUUCCCCUUUCUCCCCACAGACAAGCUGUGGUUCUGCUGCCUGUCCCCCAACCACAAGGUGCUGCAGUAUGGGGAUGUGGAGGAGGGCGCAGGCCCACCAGCCCCCGAGAGCCUGGCCGAGCAGCUCCCGGUGGCCGACAUCAGGGCACUACUGACAGGCAGGGACUGCCCCCAUGUCCGGGAGAAGGGCUCUGGGAAGCAGAACAAGGACCUCUGUGAGUUAGCUUUCUCAAUCAGCUAUGACCGUGGGGAGGAGGAGGUCUAUCUCAACUUCAUCGCCCCCUCCAAGCGGGAGUUCUACCUGUGGACAGAUGGGCUGAGCGCCCUGCUGGGCAGCCCCAUGGGCAGUGAGCAGACCCGGCUGGACCUCGAGCAGCUGCUGACCAUGGAGACCAAGCUGCGGUUGCUGGAACUGGAGAACGUGCCCAUCCCUGAGCGGCCACCCCCCGUGCCUCCACCCCCCACCAACUUUAACUUCUGCUAUGACUGCAGUGUUGCCGAGCCUUGACAGUGAGGUUGGCCAUGGGCCACACCUGCUGCCAUGGAGGGUGGAGGGUGGAGAAUCACAGAUACCCCUGACCUGCAGAGAUUGCAGCAGAAAUAAAGUCUGCUUGGCUCUUGGGUGCAUGUCAUCCUCAA